GGCUCUAAAAGGUUUUAAACAUUGAUACUGUGUACUGAAUCUCUGUGGUGUUCAAAUGGGGCUCCUAAAACCAUAAAUUCAUAUAACUCUAUUGCUAUUUAUAAAGUGCCUUCAUCAUAACCAGUGCCAAUGCCAAAUGAGUAUUACAACAUGCUUUGUGCCAAAUAGUUAAACGUGCUGUCCAUAAAAUAGAGAGAACUUUGUGCCAUAGAUGUCUAAUAAGCUUAAGAUGUUGUGGUUUGAUAUUACUGGUCAGACUUUUUUUUAUCAGAUGUCUUUCAGUUCCGUUCAAAUUUUAUUGAUCUUAAAUGCUCUGUAAUUUUAAGAAUCUUAGUCAUCGUUUUCCAGGACCUCUGACGCAAAACCAAAAAAACAAUUAAGCGAAAAACUGGUGCACCAUGACUGUGCAGUUUCUGUUUUUCUGUUGCCUUCUAGGUACCAAGUGAUAGAUGUUGGGAACUGCUUUUAUGAUCGAGAUUGAAUUAAAAAGUAUAGACUAUACCAUUACCCCACAGUUCUCUAGAAAUCCGGAAUCUUGUCUAACGAUUUUGGGUACAACCUAGAUUUAGGGGUUUAGAGGGAUGUCAUGGUAGAUCAGGAGGAUAGGCUAACACUUUCUUCAAGGAGAGCUUCUGUCACUGUCCCACCAUGGGCAACACAGCAAGGCUCUGUCUCCUUCAACCUGUGGAGAAAAUCGGGCUUAUCAAAACACUGUGAGCUGACUUCUCCUGUAAGUAGCGAUUCCCUGUAGAACGUCUCCUUGAAGAGAUACCUGUCCUUGCUCUGAUGACUGAGUUCAGGAGUUUUUCGGUACGGCGGGCGGGGGUGUUAAGGGUCAGAGGUCGCUGGGUCCCCAUGUGUGUGACAUGUGACAGAGGCUAUUCUUUAGAAUCCACAGGGUGUCCGUUUAACCCGCGGGGAGAGCAAAUGGCAGGCAGAGCCGCUGAGGAAUCCCAGGAGUCUUGCUAUGUGUUCUGAAAUGAUACGAAAAUGUUUCAAGGGUCAGGUUAUUGGUCGAUAAAGGAUUGUCAAACCGCCCAUUUUGUCAAUGUAUGUAUGGCGAUGAAUGUGGGCAACAUUUUGUGCCGAUGGACAAUCGAUCAGACUACCGCAGAUAUCCUUCCCGUUCCAAACCAGCUCCUGUGCUCAAAGAAAAACGGACUUGUGGGGUUUUUGGGGCUUUGUAUUUUGGACUGAAAGUGCAAUUUUCAGACCCACGAUUCUUGCUCUCAAUGUGGUGCUGGAUUUUUGACCCAUUUCAUGGACACCUUUUCGGGCAACGUAGCGCGCCUAAUGCAAUGAUGCAUAAAUGAGUCUGAUAACAUGUAUGCCGCUGCCCCAGUAACCUCAAUUAAAUGUAAACGGGACAGCUUUUAAGUACCGACAACUGACACACGGACUCUGAAAAAGAACAAGAUGUGAUUUCUUUUCCUAUGAAACAAUGUGCUUUUUGUUUUUCAUGCUCAGGAAUAUUGACUCGCCUGAUUCAUGUUUUGUCUUGCUUGUUUUGUGUAUUUUAUAAUUGCUGAAUGUUUUUUUCAAGGUGAACGUUUCAAGGUGUCUUUAAUAAAAAUAGUAGCUGUGUUCAACCACAUGGGGUUUCCCGUGUUGCCAGUUUAUGUGUGCAUAUCCUUGACUGCGUAUGUGCAUGCGACAUGAGAACGGUGCGCGUGUGGGUGCGACUGCGUGCGUGUGUUUACCUGCUUGUAUGAGUUUCUUAAAAUGUGUCUUGUUUUUUUUGUUGCUUCAGCACACUCUGCUACUAAUGAUUGAUUUAAUUGAUAUUAAUUUUCAGGUGUUAAAACUAGAGUACGUCUCCAUGCUGUACCCCAACCUGGUGUGACUGUAGGUAAAAUGUCUUUGAAUCCCCGACCGAGGGGCAUUAUGAUUCACACUGCUAGCAAACGUAAAAUGUCUCAUAUGUCCCAGACCGAUCCAAACUGUUUGAUGUCUCUCUUGUUCUUUUCCAAAGGCUAGAGAAAAGGGCCGCUUAAGGUAAAGCUAUUAGAACACAGGCUGACAUUCAGUAGACGUUGCCGCUCGCUCACUGUGUCCAAUGACUAGAAAUUACGACAUAUAUAAUCUGAUGAAGGAUGUAAUAAUGUCAGGAAGGUCACAGUAGCUCUUAAAUUGUUGAUGUAUUGCCGUGAUGGUGCUAGUGCGCCGAUAUGUGUGUAUCCUCAGUCACGUCUGCUGUGUCCUGUUGCCCCCUUGCUCGUCCUCCCUCUCCCCAGGCUUUUGUGGUGAAGCGGUUACUGGAGUAUACUCAGAUGAGCGAACCCAACCUGCCCUACGGCCUGCUGCUGGUUCUUGGCCUCUUGACCACCGAGCUGAUUCGCUCCUGGUCCCUCGCCCUCACCUGGGCGCUCAACUACCGCACCGGCACGCGUAUGCGCGGAGCCAUCCUCACCAUGGCCUUCCACAAGAUACUGCGUCUGCGCAGCCUGCGGGACAAGAGCAUGGGAGAGCUGAUCAAUAUGUGUUCGAGUGACGGGCAGCGCAUGUUUGAGGCUGCCGCUGUGGGUAGUCUGAUGGCCGGUGGCCCCCUGGUGGCUGUGCUGGGAAUGGGAUAUAACUUGUACGUGUUGGGGCCGACUUCUCUCUUGGGCUCGGCUGUGUUCAUCCUCUUCUAUCCCACCAUGAUGUUCAGCUCCAGACUGACAGCGUACUUCAGGAGGAAGGGAGUGGCUGUGACCGACCAGCGGGUUCAAAAGAUGAAUGAGAUUUUGAACUACAUCAAGUUUAUUAAGAUGUAUGCCUGGGUUAAGGCCUUCUCGCAAGCAGUACGACGAAUAAGAAGUGAGGAGCGGCAGAUUCUGGAGCGUACGGGAUAUUUCCAGAGCAUAACGGUUGGCGUGGCACCCAUCGUUGUGGUGAUCGCCAGCGUGGCGACGUUCUCCACCCACAUGUUGCUUGGCUAUGACCUCAAUGCCGUACAGGCAUUCACAGUCGUGACUGUUUUCAAUGCAAUGACGUUUGCUCUGAAGGUCACACCAUUCUCUGUCAAAUCUCUGUCAGAGGCAUCUGUUGCUAUAGACAGGUUUAAGAGUUUGCUCCUGAUGGCCGAGGUGAAGAUGAUACGCGAGCUGCCACGGAAUCCUUCCAUUGCCAUAGAGAUGACCGGUGCCAGUUUGGCAUGGGAGACGGGGAGUCACAGUGCCCAGCCUACGCCCCGUGGAACACCCUACGUAGGCCUGGGAAUGAAAGGGUGUCGAAAGAAACGCAGCCAACAGGAUGACACAAGACAUCAUAAGAGGUUGGAGGAGGAACAGAACGGCCAUUUGUUGAAUGAUGUGUCUGGAGACAUGACCGCCAGCCCUGAUGAUCACACCCUACAAGUGCCAACCAUCAGCCAACGACUGCAGAGAACUCUUCACUGCAUCGAUCUCACUAUACCAAAGGGGAAGCUGGUUGGAGUCUGUGGCAGUGUGGGAAGUGGCAAAACAUCUCUCAUCUCUGCCAUUCUUGGCCAGAUGACCCUUUUAGAGGGGACCAUCGCGGUUGAUGGAGAUUUUGCGUACGUGGCACAACAGGCCUGGAUUUUUAACGCCACCUUUCGCGACAACAUCCAGUUCGGGAAGGAAAUGGAAGAAGAGAGGUAUCAGGCUAUUUUGAGCGCUUGCUGUUUGAGACCAGACCUGGCUAUUCUCCCUAAUGCCGACCUGACUGAGAUUGGAGAACGUGGUGCCAAUCUGAGCGGCGGUCAGCGUCAGAGGAUCAGUCUGGCCAGAGCCUUAUACAGCAACAGGGACAUUUACAUCCUGGACGACCCUCUUAGUGCCCUGGACGCCCAUGUCGGAAACCACAUCUUCAACAACGCCAUUAAGAAGCACAUGCGCGGCAAGACCAUCAUAUUCGUCACUCACCAGCUUCAGUACCUGGUGGACUGUGAUGAUGUGAUCUUAAUGCGUGACGGCAGUAUCACAGAGCAGGGCAGUCAUGAGGACCUGAUGAAUCUGAACGGAGACUACGCCGCCAUGUUCAACAGCCUGCAACUGGGAGAUUCGCCCAUAAUCGAGGUGCCGCAUAAGAACGCCGGGAGCUCCCUGAAGAAACCUUUAGAGAAAAACAAGGCUGGAUCCAUCAAAAAGGAAAAAACGCCCAAUGAGGAUAAUGGUCAGCUGAUGCAGGUGGAGGAGCAAGGGAAGGGCUCAGUGCCCUGGGCGGUGUACAGCGUAUACAUCCAGGCUCUAGGAGGCCUGCCUGUCUUCUUUUUCAUCCUGGCACUUUUUGUUCUCAAUGUGGGCAGCACCGCCUUCAGCAACUGGUGGCUCAGCUACUGGAUCAAACAGGGCAGCGGGAACACAACAGUACAGGUUGGAAACAGUUCAGUGUUGAGUGAGAGUAUGAGGGAUAAUCCUCAGAUGCAUUAUUACGCUGUCGUCUACACCAUGUCUAUGGUUGUCAUGCUUCUUCUCAAACUACUGCGAGGCAUCGUGUUUGUCAAGGGAACUCUGCGUGCCUCCUCGAAGCUCCACGACGAACUUUUCCAAAAGAUCCUCCGCAGCCCCAUGAAGUUUUUCGACACGACACCCACGGCUCGCAUACUCAACAGAUUCAAUAAAGACAUGGAUGAAGUGGAUACACGUCUGCCGUUUCAAGCUGAGAUGUUCAUUCAGAACGUGAUUCUGGUCCUGUUUUGUCUGGGCGUGAUCAGCAGCGUUUUCCCAUGGUUCCUGGUGGCAGUGGGGCCACUGGUGCUUCUCUUUACUGUGCUGCACGUUGUGUCUCGGGUCUUCAUAAGGGAACUCAAACGAUUAGACAACGUCACACAGUCGCCGUUCCUGUCUCACAUCGCCUCCAGCAUUCAGGGCCUCACUACAGUGCACGCUUAUGGGAAAGAGGAGGAAUUCCUGCUCCGGUAUCAGGAACUGCUGGAUCAGAAUCAGGCUCCCUUCUAUCUGUUUAGCUGUGCCAUGCGAUGGCUGGCUGUGCGUCUGGAUGUCAUCAGCGUGGCUCUCAUUAGCAUCACGGGUUUGAUGAUCGUCCUCAUGCACGGAAAUAUUCCUCCCGCCUAUGCAGGCCUGGCCAUUUCCUACGCCGUGCAGCUCACAGGAUUAUUCCAGUUUACCGUUCGCCUGGCCUCUGAGACUGAGGCUCGGUUCACCUCAGUAGAGAGAAUCAAUCAAUACAUCAAGUCUCUGUCUCUGGAGGCUCCAGCCCGGGUGAAAAACAAGGCACCCCCAGCCGACUGGCCCCAGGAGGGCGAGAUCGUGUUUGAUGGAACAGAGAUGAGGUACAGAGACAACCUCCCGCUGGUACUGAAGAAAGUUUCUUGCACCAUUCGACCGAAAGAAAAAGUCGGCAUUGUGGGACGGACGGGCUCAGGGAAGUCUUCUCUUGGAGUUGUACUCUACCGGUUGGUUGAACCUUGCGGUGGCUCCAUUAAGAUUGACGGCAUCAACAUCUGUGACAUCGGCCUUGCAGAUUUGCGCAGCAAGCUGUCAAUCAUUCCACAGGAGCCAGUGCUUUUCAGUGGUACCGUCAGAUCCAACCUGGAUCCUUUCAACCUGUAUUCUGAGGAGCAAAUCUGGGACACCCUAAAGAGGACACACAUGAAAGAAUGCGUUUCUCAGCUGCCAUUGAAGCUGGAGUCCGAGGUGGUGGAGAACGGAGAGAACUUCUCUGUGGGUGAGAGGCAGCUGCUUUGUGUAGCCAGAGUUCUACUGAGACAGUGCAAGAUCCUGAUCCUGGACGAGGCCACGGCGGCUAUGGACACGGAAACAGAUUGCUUAAUUCAGGAGACGAUUCGUAACGCAUUCCAGGACUGCACCACUUUGACCAUCGCACACAGACUGCAGACAGUACUCAACUGUGAUCGUAUCAUGGUGCUAAAUCAGGGCCAGGUGGUGGAAUUCGACGAGCCGUCCAAGCUUCUGGCCAACGAAAACUCUCGCUUCUCUGCAAUGCUGGCAGCGGUGGAGAACAAAAUCUCCGUAAGAGGCUAAAGGACGUCCUGGCCAAGGUUCCGCUCCCGAGGACCGGCGGGAACAUUCUUCAUUGAUAUUCCAGUCAUCGCUGCUUCGAUGUCGCUCUCUCCUUCAGCCCCCCAGGGACCUUUGGAGGGAGAUUAUUGUAUUUCCAUGAAACUCAUGGGCUGUCAUUAGGGGCACGCCUGCUAAGAUGUACUUCUUGUGUAAGCUUAAAAGGUUAGGUCAAGGAACGCUGGAAUGCUAUUUACGUAACAGAGGACGAAAUGUAGAUCCAUCCACGCGAACGGUGCGUUUCACUGAGUAUAAUCUCUGUUUAUAUGAGUAUAUAUAUAUUUACAAGUUGGGCGCAGAGUCUCCUUUUGUACCGAUUCUGCAGGGUAUGUACAGUAACGUGUAAAAUAUAUAUAUACAUACACACACAUUCAGAUGUAUCAUCUUUCAUUACUGUUUCAUAUUUUUGACAACUUGACCGUCAAGUGUAACUGUUGUCUCGUGAGAACCCUGAACUCUGGCACAGGUGAUGUUGAACGAGCUCCAGAGAAACAGUGCUGGUUUUUUACUGUAUCCUGGUUCGGCACACCGAGGAUUCAGUCGUAUAGCUAAGAGGCCUUGUAUAUUUAUAGCUAAUUUCCACUGUUAUCAUUUUGCCUGUACCUUUUAUAGUUUCCUCUUACGUGGUCAGUUUUGCUUGGUUUCGUAUGAAUGCAUUCUUAUUUUGAUUGCACUUUGCGUCCACUGAGGAUCUGCUCUUCUGUGGGUAGACCUCUUUACUUUUUACUUUUUAAGAGAUGCUAGUCGAGCAUAAUGGCUUGAUUUGCUUAACCGGUCCUUUUGUUUUGUGUGUGUGUGUGUGUGUUACAUUGUCACAGCACUGGUACAAAGAGAUGACGAAUAAAUGAACCUCCUGCAUCAGGUUGUGAUGGUCUGCACGAAGGGAAAUCUGGUUUCCGACACAUCCCUCGUCAGAUCCAGUUGGUUAUUUCCGUUAUUUACAUAGCCUUAGCAUGGUUUCUUAAAUGCCUUGUGAAAAGGGUGGAAUGAGAGGAGGGAGCACUCUCCACAGUUUUAAUAAAUUUAUUUUAGGUUUA